AUGCGCGCCUCUGCACUGUGUCUGCUGCCGCUGGCUGCGCUUCUAGCGCCUGCGCUGGCAGCCGUCCCCUACAGUGGACACAAAGUGUACCGACUGGUGCCCACGGAGGAGCAGCUGCCCGUCGUGGCAGAGUGGCGGCAGCGCGAGGGCAUCGACUUCUGGUCGAAGGCGCACCUCGCUGGCCACCCUGUGGACGUGAGGGUCCCCCCACACUUGCAGCGAGAAUUCCUGGUGCAUCUCUACCGGCACAGAGUGGAGCACCAGCUGCUGAUCAACGACCUCGAAGAGGUCUUCGAAAACGAGCGACAUCAGGCGCAGACCAGAGCAGUCUCUAAAAACCCCGAGUCUCGCAUAUCAUUCACCGAGUACCUUCAGUAUGAUGAGAUUCUACAAUAUCUGUCGGAUCUGGCUUCCAACUACUCCGACACGGUGACAGUAGAGUCCAUUGGGAAUAGCUAUGCGGGCCGCGACCUGGGUAUCAUCAAGAUAUCCUCCGGAGGUGACGAUACCAGGCCGAUCAUCCUGAUCGACGCCGGCAUCCACGCCAGGGAGUGGAUCGCGCCUGCUGCUGCCCUCUACGUCAUCAACCAGCUGGUCGAGAACGCUGAAGAGAGCGCCCUCACGGAUAGCGUCGACUGGCACAUCAUACCCGUGAUCAACCCUGAUGGUUACGAGUACACCUUCACAACGGAGCGUAUGUGGAGGAAGACCCGAUCUACCGAAAUCGUAACAUGCGUUGGAGUGGACGGUAACAGGAACUUCAAUUUUCACUGGAAUGAGACGGGCUCCAGCAGCGACCCCUGUUCUGACACUUAUGCCGGGCCUAUGGAUUUCUCCGAAGUGGAGACCAGUUACCUGAGGAACCACAUCAACAGGAACAUCGAUCGCAUCAAGCUUUACCUUACGUUCCACAGCUAUGGUGCCUACAUACUUUAUCCCUGGGGCUACACUGGCGACUUGCCUGAUGACUGGGAAACUCUGGACGCCUUGGCCCAAGACGCAAAUGAAGCGCAGCUGGCAGCGGGAGGCCCCGAGUACACCAUCGGCAGCUUCAACAACGUCUUGUACACGGCGUCUGGCGUGAGCAGCGACUGGGUGAAAGGUGUGGCUGGGGUGAACCUCUCCUUCACCCUUGAACUGCCUGGUGGCGGGGACGAGGGUUUCGAUCCUCCAGCAUCCGACAUCCUCAGCAUUGUGACACCGUUCUUUGAGGCAAUACGCGUCUUCGGCCAAUAUAUUGCUGACAACUAUGGACGAUGAAGAUCGGUUCUGAAGCAGUUUC